AUGCAAAUAGUUAUCAAAACUCUAGCUGGUCGUACUAUAACACUUGAUGCCGAGCCAUCAGAUACCAUAAGAUGCAUCAAAAAUAAAAUUUCAUUAAACUUUAUUUGUUUAAGGUGUCGAACACCUCGCGCCCAAAUGUGACUUGAGCCAAAAAUUUGUGACGUCACUGUUAUUUCUGGUCAAAAUAGACAGACCAGUCUAAAACUGCCGUCUUUAGCGGAUAAACUCACUUGGUGGAUUGCCUUCUCUCUAAACUUAGCUUCUGCACGUAUUUCUUAUAAGGUCUCCUUCCUCGAGAGUGAUGAACAGUAA